CACGCGCUCCCCGCUCGUGCCCGCUCCUGGAGCGGGGUCCAGCACAUACGCGCGUUCACGUUGUGUAGCCAGUGUGUGACCGUGAGAGACGAUUCAUCGUCACAACCCAUUCAGUUCUUGUUCGGACGCCAAGCAGCUCUCAGUCUCACUAUGGCCUCUGGUGUGAAAGUCACAGAUGAAGUUAUCGCAGUCUUCAAUGACAUGAAGGUGCGUAAGGCUCAGGCCAACGAGGAUGAGAAGAGGAAGAGGAAGAAGGCCAUUCUGUUCUGCAUGAGCAAGGACCUCAAGAAUAUUGUCCUGGACGAUGGCAAGGAGAUCCUGCUGGGCGACCUGGGAACCACCGUCCAGGACCCGUACCAGCAUUUUGUGAAGAUGCUGCCCCCAGAUGACUGCCGCUAUGCCCUGUAUGACGCCACCUAUGAGACCAAAGAAACAAAAAAGGAGGACCUGGUCUUCAUCUUCUGGGCUCCAGACAGUGCCCCCCUGAAGAGCAAGAUGAUCUAUGCCAGCUCAAAAGAUGCUAUCAAGAGGAAAUUUGAAGGUAUUAAGCACGAGUGGCAGGUGAACGGUUUGGAAGACCUCAAAGACCGACACACCCUGGCAGAAAAGCUCGGUGGCUCAUCAGUAAUCAGCCUGGAAGGAUCCCCUAUAUAAAUAUCACCCUCCUCUGCGGCUUCGAUCGAGGCCUUUCAGACACAUCUGUUGGGUUUAGCUGUUCAUUCCAGUGUGGUUUGGAGAAGGGCAAAAGCACAAGCAGCAUCACGUGCAGGACUCUCUCGGGGAGGGAUAUGUGGGUGGGUUUGGGGUCAAGUGACAGUUAGAAAAAAACAAAACACAAAAGAAAUUCCACAAAUGAAGACUGUCAAUGCAGUUCAAGCAACAAAAAGAAUAUGAACAAAACACACACAAAGGAAAAACAUUAAAAUACAACUGAUGAAGGAUGAUGAUAUUAAAAUUAAAAUACAUAUAUUGUUCAUGUUGGAGGGCAGGGAUUGUUUUUCCCUGUUUUAUUUGACUGAUUGCAGAGAAAGGGACAGGCAGCAACCUUUAGUUUUCCAACUUCAAUCCUGACACAUAAUCGUCCCAACUACAUUGUUUUGCCAAACUUCUAGUUAAGUUUUGUAAGUGUGUGUAGUUGAGACUAGAUGUAGUACAAACUAAUUCACAGUUGCACAAAAUGUAUCAAAAUCUUCUCUGGGGAAACACGGUUAAUUAUAUAUAUAAUUUUUUUUGUUAUUCCAUUGUGUUUUCUUUUCUUUGAACAUGCAAAUUCCAAAACUUGAUUCCGUUUUUAUUUUCAGUGCUGGGUCACGAACCGCAGCAUUUAAUGUAGUAACAGACAACAUUCCUUGUAUGUGUUCAAUCCAAGAUCUUGAUUUUAAAAAACUGGUGUUAUGAAGGUCUGAUAGGGAGCAAUGUGUAUGUGAAGGACCAGCGAGUUUAGACUGAAUAUUGAAUGGUGGAUGUUUUGUAUUGUCUCCUUAUCUCUAAUAAAAAGUACUAAACUACUGA